ACGAAGGGAAUUGUAGCCGUAUCUUAAUUCUGCGUCCAAGCUUGCAAAGAAGGUCCGGGUCACGGACGGGCUGCAGCCUCGUCUCCCUAGAGACCGAGGGUUGUGCAGCUCCCAUCUCCUGGCUCAGUGGAACUGCAGCUGCUUUGCAACCUGGUCCCCUGGCAGAGCUGUCUCCUCCAGGGGCAGAGCUGAACGGCGCUGGGACGGGACUCAGCCUUGAGGCUUCUGCCCUUGCGUUGUCGUCUAGCGCCGCAGGGGAAAUGUCUGCAAGAUGGAAGGCGCUGUGGGCAGCUGGGAUUGCCGCCGGGCUCCUGGCUUUGUUCUGGAGAGACACCUUUAACCCAGAAACCAUCUCCGGCACCCGCGUGCUCCUGACGGGUGCCAGCGCUGGGAUCGGAGAGCAGAUGGCUUAUCAUUAUUCCAGAUUUGGUGCCGAAAUAGUGCUGACAGCCAGGAGGGAGGCUGUGCUGCAGAAGGUGAUGGAGAGAUGUCUGCAGCUGGGAGCCAAGAAGGUCUUCUACAUCCCAGCUGAUAUGUCCUCCCCUGCGGAGCCCGAGCGGGUGAUGCAGUUCGCUGUGCAAAAGAUGGGGGGCCUGGAUUACCUGGUGCUGAACCACAUUGGUGUGACCCCUUUCCAGAUGUGGGAUGGGGAUGUGGAGCACACCCGCUGGCUUCUGCAGGUGAAUUUCCUUAGUUACGUGGCCCUGGCGACGGCUGCGCUUCCGGUCCUGAUGGAGAGCAAAGGCUCCGUGGUUGUGGUGUCCUCCAUCUCAGGGAAAAUCGCAACCCCCUUUGCCACUUCCUACUCUGCCACCAAAUUUGCCCUGGAUGGGUUCUUUAGUUCCUUGCGCCAUGAGCUCGCCAUGCAGAAGAAAGACGUGAGCAUCACUCUCUGCGUCCUGGGGCUGAUCGACACGGAGACGGCACUGGAGAAGACGAGGGGCCUUGUGUACAUGGAUGCCCUCCCUGCCACCGAAGCUGCGCUCGCCAUCCUCCGUGGUGGUGCCACCCGGGCGCGGGAAGCGUUCUACCCCUGGUGGCUGGAGCCCCUGUGCUACAUGCGGGGCUGGUUCCCCAGCCACUGGGACUGGGUGAUACAGAGCUCCUAUAACUACACCAGCGCCUGAGCAGUGCAGAGCCACCACUCCUGGCCCCUGCCCACCCAGGCGCUGGGCCUUCUGCUUCCAUCGGGGCCAAGCUCAGUCACAGGCUUCGGCAGGACCAGGAUCAGGACCUUGAAAUGGGAACGUGUCGGGGGCCGAGCGUCCAACCCUCAUGCUAGCUGUGACCCCUUCCCUGGACAGCUGAGCCCCUUCUGCUCCCUCUCUGCAUCCCCCCCUGGGCCCAAAGGUCAGUUCUGUCUCAGCCUCCCACAAUCCCACCUCUGAUGUCUGGCUUAUGGCCGAGGCUCUCCUCUCAACCCCAGCCUCCAGCCUCUCGCACCUGGGGACAGAAUCCACUGCUCCCCUCACGCAGGAAGGAGACCUUCCUCCCACUCCUGUCUCCACCCUGCCGACAGCCCCCAGCCUCAUGGGAUCAGGCUCCGAGCCCUCUUCCAGCCCCUUUCCAAAGGGUCGAGCCAGGCUCUGGGACGGGUUCAGGCCAGGCCAGCAGAGGCUUGGGCCCCUACAGGAGGGACACACUCAGCUUCUAAGGUGGGUACUCGGCCCGUUUCAGGCCCUGAGCAAGCUCCAUCCACCCUUGUCUUCCCCCUCCUCCGGGGAUCCCCUCUGGGAACACUGCCCUGAAAUGUGGGGCUGUCUUGGGGUGGCAGCAGGGAUGCAGAGGACCCAAAACACCCUCCCAUGCCACAGAGGAGCAGGAGGAUUCUCCCAGGCCUGUGCCCAAGCCAAUACCACCCUCCACCCCAAGCUGCCAGGGACAGAUCUAAAUCCCAUUGGGGAUUUAAAGGAUCAGGACAUGACAAGCAGACGGCAGAAGGGCUGAGCACCCGCAACCACCAGUGACCCCCAGCAUUUCUGAAUAGCAGGGGCUCCUUGUGCAAGUCGGGGCUGCCCAGCCACCACGAGGUGGCAGCAUCCAGCAGCCGGCGCCAGCUCAGCUGCGUGGCAUGGAAAGCAUCGGCUCCCUGCUCCUCACCUUGCCCUGGCACUGCAGCUGCAAGCCUCGUCAUCCCCAUGUCCCAGCGACUGGACUGGGAGCCAGUGGUCAUGCCACCCCUCUCCAAUAAAGGGGCUGUUUCCACCUGAGCCAGGUUGUGCUGGAGUCAAUCCCAAUGCAUUCCCCA